AUAAAUUAUUUUCAACCAAUCGGAAUGAGAGAAAUUAUGCAGCCCGUGACACGGAAGUGAGGCCAUUUCGCAAGAAAUUUGUUGUUAUUUCGAAAGAAAACAGCGAAAAUGGGCUUCGAAACGUGCGGUCCCAAUGAAGUGAUGGUAGUUUCUGGAUGUUGCCGAGGGCAGUCGGAAUACAUCCCUGGAGGUCGCGUGUUUGUGUGGCCAGUUAUACAGAAACUUCAGAGGCUUUCACUGAAUGUUAUGACUAUAAGCAUAACAACAAGUAGCGGAUGUUACACAAAACUGGGCGUGAGCAUUGAAGUAACGGGCAUAGCCCAGGUUAAAGUUCAGGGACAGAGCCAGGAAAUGUUGGCCUCGGCUUGCGAAUUGUUUCUUGGGAAGUCUGAGAACGAGGUUCGAAAGGUCGCCCAGGAAACUCUGGAAGGUCAUCAGAGAGCUAUCAUGGGGAACAUGACUGUAGAGGAGAUCUACAAGGAUCGUAAGAAGUUCUCCAAACACGUGUUUGAUGUGGCCUCCUCUGAUCUGGUCAACAUGGGAAUCUGUGUGGUCAGUUACACAUUGAAAGACAUCAGGGAUGAAGAGGGCUACUUAAGAUCCCUGGGUAUGGCUAGGACUGCCCAGGUGAAACGUGAUGCGAGAAUAGGGGAGUCAGAAGCCCAGAAAGAUUCCGGAAUUAAGGAAAGUGAGGCAGAGGAGAAGAGAAUGGCGUCCAGGUAUGCCAAUGAUAUUGAGAUUGCUCAUGCUGAGAGAGAUUUCCAUCUGAAGAAAGCUGCAUACGAUCAGGAAGUGUUUGGCAAGAAAGCUCAGAGUGACCUUGCUGCUGAACUACAGACUGCCAAGACACGUCAGAUGAUCAAGGAUGAGGAAAUGCAGGUGAAGGUCAUUGAGAGAACACAGCAGAUUCAACUGCAAGAACAAGAAAUCAUCCGUCGUGAGCGUGAACUUGAGGCCAAGGUCCGUAAACCUGCUGAGGCAGAGAAAUACAAGAUGGAGAAACUCGCUGAAGCAGACAGAAACCGUGUCAUUCUGGAGGCUGAAGCAGAGUCAGAGUCUAUACGUGUGCGAGGAGAGGCCGAGGCUUUCGCAAUCGAGGCCAAGGCGAAGGCCGAAGCAGAACAGAUGGCAAAGAAAGCAGAUGCCUGGAAGGAUUAUCAGGAUGCUGCUAUGAUAGACAUGAUCCUGGAGACAUUACCAAAGGUUGCUGCAGAGAUCUCGGCACCACUGUCACACACAAAGAAGGUUACUAUGGUAUCCAGUGGUAAGGGUGAUGUGGGCGUGUCCAAACUGACAGGGGAGGUCCUUGACAUCAUGGAAAAGAUGCCGAAUGUAGUCGAGAAACUCACUGGCAUUAACAUACAGAAGAACAUCAAAGCAACAGUGAGGCGACAGUAAACAGAUUGGAAAAUAUGAAAUAUGACAGUGUUACAAUGUGAAAAACAACUGGUGUAGAAUGGAGAAUGUUGGAAAGAAUAGACUUGUCAUCAUUUUUUACACAUUUCUUAAGACUUUUUUUUGUACUCAAUACUCGAUAUUGUGUCAUAUACAUGUAUUUAUAAUAAUAAUAUUCUUUCUGAAUUUCGUGAAAGUGUUGUACAAUCAAAAUUUAUUAUAAUUUCUUUUGGUAUCCAUGGAGAUAAGAUUAUCUGAUUACGACCUUUUUUGUUGACAGAGAGUGGUGUGAAAUAGAUUGAUACUUCCUAGAUUUGGAAAACUUGUUUUUAGACAGUUUCCUUUUAAAUGAGCAAGAAGAUUGAGGUCACAAGUGGUCAGCAUUGUGUAAAGUACUUGAAGCCUGAUUGUUUAAGUUUACUUAAUGUCAGUGGUUAGGAAGGAUUUCAUUAAUUUUUUAGUAUUAUAAUAUUAUUUAUAUUGCAUUUAUUUUUAAAAUACACAUAUUCAGAUUUUUAUCGUGUAAUUGAAAAUAUGAACAAAUACACAUUUAUCAUGUAUGUAUGUAUUUUUACUACACCUGUAAUAAAUUCUUGUGCACUAAAAUCACACGGUGCCCUUAUAAAAGAUACUGCUUUACUGCAGCAAGUAAUUAGAUUGCAUCAGAAAAUGUAAUUCUCGCACUAGUGUAUGUUACAACAUAGAGAGAACUUUCAUGUACAUAGUAUUUUGUCAAAUAUACAUUGCAAAUUUGUCAGUAAUUACUUAAAUCGAAAAGUAGCAACCAGAAAUACAAUUAUUGAAUGAUUCAGGGUACUGUUAGUCCGUCGAUAAAGAAAUAUUGAUCACGGAAUCAGCUAUAAAGAUUUUCAUACACUAAUCAGAGACAUCAAGUCGUAGAAUAGCCGUAGCCAAGUUCACUGCAAAGUGAUGUAAAUACAAUUUCUUUCUACCUCCUUUGUUUUUUUUUCUCUGAAUUCAUGACAUGUAACUGUUGAUAAAAGCAUUAAAUGAAAUGGAAAACUUAAAUGUGGAAUAUAUAUUGUCAAUGAAUGAUCUGUUCAGAUUUAGUAUUGUUGAGAUUUUUUGUUUGUCUGUCCGGCAGCUAUUCUAUUGCUCUGUUUAUUUUAUACUAUGUAAAAAAAAACAUUCUUUCACAGGGAUUUUUUAAAAAUGACUACGUCAUUCAAAUAUACAAAAAGAAAAAACACAUUGUAGACUAGUUUUCUGUUAAGCCAAUGGUUUAUGAUAUAAAUUGUCAACUUCUGCAAAUGUUUAAAAAUUGUGGAACUAGAAAAUUAUGAUACUAUUGAAUCUUCUUGUUCUAAUAUUAACUUAUAACCUGAAACAUGUUCAUGUGGAAACUCAAAUGAUGCUCACAUUAAAAAAAAAAACAUGAAAAAUAGCUUGCCAUUGUUUUGACAGUAACAUUAAAGAUUUUUUCUGUGAUUUACUCUGCUGUAUUUAUUUUAUAAGCAUGUAUUAUAUUUUUAUUUGUCACAUUGAUCACAGUGUUCUAGUUUUAAACAAAGGCCCUUUCAGAGAUUGAGGAUUUGCCUUUCAUUUCUUUAUUUAGAUAGAAUUUCAAUUUUUUUUUUAAAGAUUAACUGAAACCAAACAUUAGAAUAAGUUGGCCUAAAAAUAUUUACAUGAAACAUGAAACAAAGAUGUUUGUUGAAAAUGGUAUUUCACUGUUUAUAUGCUUUAGGACCAUUGGAUUAAUAUUGAAACAGUAUUUUCAUUCUGGUGUUUGUUUUGUUUUUUUCUUCCUCAAUUAUUUUGCUUCUUUAUAUACAAGUUUUUAAUUUUUACACCUUGUAUAUAAUGACAAACUUUGAUCCUGACUUGUCAAAGGAAAGAAAUCCUGUCACCGGUAUUUUGCUCAAAAGUUACAUCAAAAUGAAAUGGCAAGCAUAUAGUAAAUGUCAAAUUUUCCAAAGUACAGUCUUCUUCAUACAUUAGCGCUGAGGUGUUGCUCAGGUUUUCACCAAUGGUCACUAGUUUUGACUGGAAAAGAUAAUGGAACGUAUUUGUGAGCAGCAUCUAGGCUAGGACAGCAACAUUGGACGUAAAAUUUACCUAUCUCCUAGUUGAUGUAAUGUGAUAUUUUUCACAUUUUACCUGUUAAAUAUUUUAUUGACGUCGACCGGGUUACUGGUAAUUUACUUUGUUCAUCAUUUCAAUUGAAAGAUUGCUUUUUUGAAAAAAGGUUGUUUUUUUGUAUUCAUAUGCAACGGUGUCACUUGACCGCAUUUGUCCAAAUUAAAUGUCGUAAAAGUAAACAAUUAUUAUGACAAAAGUUGAUAAAAAAAAAUGCAACUUUAGGUGGAAAAUUCAAAAACCCUUAAAGUUUGUUAUUUGAACCAAGACUUUGCCUUAAGGUUAGAAAAUGAAAAAGACUGCAUUACUUUGUUAUUUAUUACAAUAUGUAGUAGUGUUGCAAUAUGUAAAUAUUUAUUUCUUGGCUUUACUCUAGUUGAGACUUGGUUUGAUGAAUCUGUGAAUUGAGAAAAAGAUACUUUCCCUGAGGUGCACAGUGUUUUGCUAGACAGCUGGUAUACUGGUAUAUUAUUUCUGGUAAGUUUAACCCUUACCAUGCUGGACACGAUGGAUUCUGCUUUUGCGACCAGUGCAGAUCAUGAUCAGUCUGAACAUUCAUGCAGUCUGACCCUGACCUGCCCUGUAGGCCAUUCAGUGAGUAUCUGUUUGGUAUGCACCCCUAUAAACAGUCAAUGGUACUGUCCAGAAUGAAAGAUGGACAAGUUCAUUAUAGAAAGAGUGGCAUGGUAAGGGUUAGAAAUACAUUCACAGAAAGGUGUCUCCACAGUAAAAGCAUCUUUUUUAAUGUCCUUGUAUGAGUCAUUCAUUGUAAUAAUCCAUGUUAGUGAAUAAUAAAGUAUCUUGUACCAACA